CUAGAAUCGGGAGUGUCAAGCUAUUGUUGACGAGUGGAAAUGUGAGUUCGAGUUUCAAUGUCCAUAUUUUGAAACGGUUAUUUGGAAGAUGAUAUGAUGUCUAUUUCUAUCUUGUGAAACCUUUUGGUUCUUGCUUGCGUCGCGCGACGAAGGAAGCUGUUGCGAAUGUGAGACGUCUAAGACUCUUCGGAGCCCCGUGUCGGAGACCCACGAAGGCGAUCCGAUUUCGAUUUUUGUGAAUUUUCAAAGCUUGCGCACUGACGAUGAUUUUUGUUUCGGCAGCGCGUUGGGCAGUUCUGCUGACUCUGCUGAUGCCUUAUAAUUUGUCGGCUUCUGCAUCUAAGGCGACCCAACGAGGAGCGCGCAGAAAGCUAUAUCCUUGGAUAGACGCAGACAGUCACGGCGAAUUCAUUUUUGAGGAUCUCGGUUACAUUUUCAAUGACGGAAUAAAUGUAUACUCUGAGGACACCUUCCAAGAACAGGAAAAAAGAAAAACGAACCGACAAGCAUGGAGAAAGCUAUCUCCUUUCAAACCGGGACCGCCGUGGUGGAAGUUCUGGAAAGGGUGGACUUCGACUUACUCUCAAGACGUCGGCAAGAUUGUACGGAACUAUUUCGAAGGCACUCGCAGUCUGCGCAACUUCGACUUUGGUAUAGCAGAAAACCAGCUUGAGGUACUCAGUCGAUCAUUGCAGGAGACCUGCGAAGACGCAAAUCGCGUAUUUGUCAAACCCAUUGGAUCCGGGGCUUUUGCACGGGUUUCGUUGUAUAGUACGAAAAUAUCUUCGGAGAAGACGGCUAAAGAUGCAAGCGGCGGAUUUCCAUUAUUUGGACGACGUUUCACAUCCUUUCGCGGUAGUGGCGAGGAAACAACGCAGGAGACGCUAUGCGAAAAAGAAACAACAGUCGAGCGAGCAAUGAAGCACCAAGUCCUUUCUCUUCCGUUGGGCUUUUUUGCAUCGGGAAGCGGAGCCCCAGGCGGGGCGAGCUGCAACAUAGAAGAGGAUCCGACCUGCGUUCCCGAAGCUGCCUGGAAGCCGUGGCACACGCCAAAGGGGAACUUUUUACGCCUUGGAGUCUCGUGGUCAAGCGACGACGAUGGACCACAGGUGGAUUCAAGGCCUAAAGUCGACGUGAACACGCUUCAACAUGAGUAUCUUUCAGCCGAAACUAUCUCAGACGACGCUUUUCAGAAAAUACUCCUUGAAGUCUUGAAGUCAAACGUUGAUGUGCUGUUACGGGGUAUGCUGAUACUACUCUUCGAGGCGGCCAUUGGCCUUUAUACAACAGCACUUAGCUCUGCCUGUUGCGUUCCUUUUCGCGGCGUUCUUGUUGCAAUCAGUAGGACAGCCAUACAGCCGUCUGACGAUGAUGUGAACGGAGAAGGACCGGCCGAUGAGUGGAUGCACCACGUCCAUCUCGUUUACGAAAUGGACAACAAGAAAAAAAGUCUGAAGGAGGAGCUGGAUAACGAUAUUUGUCGCCCCAAGACGGGAAAGCGGCUGACCCCUCUCCAGCUAUUGCGGACCGCAGUUAAAACAGGGAGGGCCUUGCAGGGUCUUCACGAGGCGGGAUGGGCCCAUAACGACAUAAAGCCUGAUAAUGUUCUCGUAGACGGUGGCAUACUAUCUGAGUUAAGGGUUGGCGGCAGAAUCUUCUAGCUUUAUUUUGGGAAAGUGUUCCUUUGUGCACUUUCCUAAAACCGUGUAGAAAAGAAUGUCGUCCUGCAAGCGCUAACAAAAAGCUUUGCCAUUGAAUUGGCAGACUUCGGUAGCGCGGCUCCGGUAGGGGGCACGCAAAGUGAUGUCGGAACGCCGUUCUACCAGGAUCCGGACACUGUGGGCUACCCAGUUCAAUCUAACACGGGAGACUGGGGACUCGCUCGAAACGAAAAAGCGCGCUGCAAAGCGGGGGAUACGUGGGCGUUUGGAGUGAUGUUCUACCGGAUGCCACUCCGCUGCUUUGCUCCUAGCUCAGGACUUGACACAGCGCAAGAAACCCUGGAGAAAGGAGCGGUAGAACAUGCGGAACAGUGGAUGUAUGAGAUGGGCCCAGGGGAUGACGUGCUGGGCCUGCAGGGCCUAGAUUCGCUACAAAAGGAGCAUUGGCCUGGAUUUCUACACAACUUCUAUGCUUGGUGCGUGUACAAGAGAUGGGAUGACCUUGGCAUGAGAGACAACAACAGGAGGCCGUGGGCUCUACAAUUGGCUCCGCCUCCAUCUUGGAGUACCUGGAGGAGAGCAGAUGAUCCAUGUAAAGGUAAAAGUGAGGACAAGCCAGUAAUUUGUCGAUUCCAGCACGCUUUACUGCGGCAUGCUCUGCAAUGCGACGGUGAGAAGCGAGACUUGGGAGAACUCCUCGCGGAGUUAGAAAAGCUUCUAAAAGAGGAGGAAAAUAAUGAGAAGGAAAGAAUCCAUCGGCAGCCAAGAGAGUUUUUAGCACCUCCAUCCGAUUAAGGAUAGUUUUUGUUUGUCAUCAUUCAGAGUAAGGCAUCGCAAGGGGAGUCUCCGUAGAAGUCCAGGGGACUCCACGGGAACAGCCACGGGGACAUACAUGGACCGGAAAAACUGGGCCCCCUGUAUUAUAAGGGCCUCGAUGUUUUUCCCCUUUAAGCGGACCUUGGCCGCAAAAAUUCCGGGCCCAUAUUUUUCCGGCGGGGUCCCUUGUUUAACAGGCCGGGCCGCCGGAAGCCCUGGGGCCAACGUAGUCCAGGGAAAAACUUAGGUCGCGGUAUCAGAAGGGGCCCGGAAAAUAGGGGGCCCUUGGCUCUUCUUGUGGGUUGCUCUCCCAACUCGACUGCGGGCGCCCAUUGCCUUUUUUGUUCGCGUUCGGACCCGCUGGGGGGCCGCGCGCGCUUGGCCGCGCAGUUCCUUGGCAGGAUUUCCACGGAGCUGCUGGCGCGGCGGGUCAGACUAGGCGCAUCCUGCUGCGUCUUUCGUUUCUCUCCCCCAAUUUGCGCGCCGCAAAGUUCUCCCGCUCUGGCCGCAGUACCUAUCGCCCGCCAGAGGUGAGCGUCUGGGCAACUAUCAGGCAACCGCUUCGCGGCGUGUCCUUUUCUUUUGCGAUCCCCCUGCCUCCCCCUCCGGUUUGAGAUUCGUAAUCCCGCGGCGCCUCUGGAGUCACCGGCUUGAGAUUCGUAACCUCGCGGCGCGUUUCAAAAGCCGCCUGGGGUGCUGUCACCAAAAUUACUCAGUCAAGUGCGCGGCUGUUGUCUGUGUUUUUCUGCCUGGUUGCUUUUCGCUUCUUUUCGCGCCUUCUCUUCUGCGGCUUCUGGUGUAGUUGUCCCUCUGUCUCUGCUCGCUUCUGGCGCGCUUCGUUUCAUUGUGCGCUUGUUGCUUGCCGAGUAGCGUCUCCUCGAGCCGCGUCACGGCGUAGCUGCACUCCCUCUCCCUUUUCUUUGCUGCGUGCUCUUGCCGGGCCUCAUUGGUGUCCCUUUUCUACCUUUUUCCCCUUUCUUCGGUUCUCUUUAUUGGCUUCUGUUUUUGUAGGCUUGUGCCUUUUGUUUUUCCUUUGUUUCUACUUUUUUUUUGUCGGGGCCUCUACCUCUUAUGCUGAGUUCCUUACUUUCCCACCCCUUCUGGUACCAGGUCCUUUCCAGUUCUGGCCCAUACGUUGCAGUAAAUAUGUUGUUGAGACAGUAUCUCUAAUUUUAGUCUACCGCGUCAGCCGCAUCGGGAUCAGCUGCCCAACAGCGGCGGCCGUCUGCUCCUCCUCCUCCGCGUGCGCUCGCUUCUCCACCUAAUGGCCCACCAGUGAUGCCAUGUCCUCUAGGGGGAACAAGCUCUGCGGCAAACCCGCCUUCACCUCCUAAAGAUGCAGAAGUGCGUCACCUUUUGAAACGUGGUGGAAAAGAAGCAGCGCCCCGAGAUGCAGAUAGUAACGGGGCAGGAGCUUCUUCUGGGACGGGGACUCUGGCUGCGGCAGAUAUUAAAGCUUUCCUCGAAUUAGAAGAUGCUCCUCCUGCGGCCAUAAGGCCAAAGCGGCUAGCUACUUCUAAUUCACAAAAGGUUCCUAUGCCUCUACAGGGUCGAGGACAGUCAACAUCGUCUUCUCUUUUAGCAGAAGAUGGGAGGACAAGUAGUACAGAGACAACAUCUUCAAGCACAAGUGUUGACAUGACAUCUUCAAUUAGUGAUACAACAUCUUCAAGUGUUGACGCGAAUCCAGAGACCACUUCUUUUUUGCAAGAACAGGACAACCACGAAGAUGACAACCAGGGAUACGGCAGCUGGAUAUGGAAUCUUUGGAGCUCGAAAGAUGUUACGGCAAAUUGUGGUAAUGAGUCUCCAUCUCUAAAUUUAGAUAGAAUCAUAUUCACAUACAGUUGAUGAAGAGAACACGAUUAUAGUCUGAGAGGAUGCACGUUCAUGUGAAGAAGGAGGUGUAGAAAAUGCUUGGUACUAGAAUCUCGACGAGCAGAUGGCAAUAAUAUCUCAGUACUAGAAGAUCUUGUUGAGUAGGUAUGUUUGAUAAUACCAUUCCCCACGUCGACCACGACUACAACUAGAUGACUCUAAGAAUUGCCAUGACUCAUCGCACGACUACCGUGACUAUGAAGAUGCGGAGAAGCGAUCCUAUGUUUUGGACAUGUUUGAUGAUUAUCCUUCUGGGUUCGGAGCACCUCGGUACGAGAUGUAAAAAAUAGAAUUUAGUUGAAAGCACAUAGGUCGUGCCUGAAAAUAGCAGUGAAAAAGAAGUGUUCGCUCGUCUGUACGAAG